AUGGCGACCAACGGUAAUGUUAAUCACGACCAGUAUGCUGCUCCGGCCCAAACAACAGAGGCCCCGGCCAGCACCGGCACAGAGGGCACUACCAACAACCUUCCCAAGGAUGAGGUCGGCUGGUACUUCGUGGAACAAUACUACACCACGAUGAGCAAGUCGCCUGAGAGACUGCAUCUGUACUACGGCAAGAAGGCGCAGUUCGUUUGCGGUCGCGAGGCACAGGUCGUCAAUGUUUCGUUCGGCAGACAGCCCAUCCAGGACCGUAUUAAGAGCAUGGAUUUCCAAGAUUGCAAAGUCCGGAUCUCCAACGUUGACACCCAGGGCUCCGAGGAGAAUAUUCUCAUCACUGUCAUCGGCGAGAUGGCCAACAAAGAAGCGGAACCUAAGAAGUUUGUGCAGACAUUCGUUCUUGCCCAACAACCGUCCGGCUACUUCGUCCUCAACGACAUGCUCCGGUUCCUGAACGACGAUGUGGAGGAGGAGACCGAGGCGGCCGCUGAGGAGUCCUCAGCCCGUGUCGAGAUGCCCGUCGCCCUCGAGGCCGAGACUAAGGCCGAGCCUCCCGCUCCAGAGGAGGAGGUCGCCCAAGAGGAAGAAGCUCCCUUGGAACCCGAGGUCGUUGACGAGAAGUUGGAGGUAGCUGCUGAGGAGGCCCCCGAGGUUACCGCCCCUUCUGCCCCCGAGCCUACCGCCGAGGUGGAGCAGGCUGCUGCCGUGGAGGAGGAGGUGCAGCCCCAAGCCGACGUUGAGAAGGCGGUCGAGGAGAUUGCUGAGGAGGACGUUGAGAAGCCGGAGGAACCCAAAGACCCCGCCCCUACGCCCGCCGCUGCCCCCGCUCCGGCCCGUACUCCAGUUCCCGCCCCCGCUCCGGCUCAGCCAGAGAAGCCCAAGGAGCCCCCCAAGCCCAUGUCUUGGGCCAGCCGGGUGGCUGCUGGAGCCUCGCGGCCCGUUGCCCCUAUUCCUAAGGCCGCCACGCCUCCCGCUCCGGCUCAGGUGCGCGCUCCAGUCCCUGUUGCCCCCCAACAAGCCGCACCGGCCGCACCGGCCGCUCAGCCGCAGGAAGCUCCUGCGCCCGCCGCCCCCAAGGAUCAAGGUAGCGAGUGGCAAACCGCGGAGACCAAGCGCCAGAGCCGUGUCCAGCCUGUCGCUGCCGCGCCCGCCGAGAAAGAGGGCGCCAUGGCGUACAUCAAGUACGUCACUGAUAAGGUCAAGGAGGAGGACUUGAGGGCUGCUCUGACCAGCUUUGGCGAGCUGGCCUAUUUCGACAUUAACCGCCAAAAGAACUGCGCUUUUGUUGAGUUCAAGACCCAGGCCGGCUACAACGCCGCUCUUGCCGCCAAUCCCCACACCGUGAACGGCGAGAACAUCAUGGUCGAGCAGCGCCGCCCCAAGGCCAAUGCCUACGGUGGCGCUAACUACAACGCUGGUCGGGGUGGUCCUGGGCCGCGGUGGCCGUGCCGGUCUCCGCAGCGAGUGACUAUUCACCUGGACAUUUCGUUAUAUCGUAUCGACAUCACGGCGGGGUUUUUAUGA